CAGAUUUACAGGUAUUUCUGGGCCCACGAAAUCUUACUUAGUUUGGAAAGCUUUCUAUUUGGUUACAUUUUUUUUUUUACCAGAAGAAACCAAUUGAGAGGAAUAAACUUAGUUGAGACCUUCAUAUUUUAUCCAAUUGAGCAAGAUGGUCCUUAAAACAGAGGAAGAGGAAGUUCCUGGCGACCUGUCCUUACAAGAACGUCAGGAACUGGAGAACAUCCGUCGUCGGAAGCAGGAACUAUUGGCUGACAUUCAACGUCUGAAGGAUGAGAUAGCAGAAGUGACGAAUGAAAUUGAGAGCCUGGGAUCCACAGAAGAGAGGAAAAACAUGCAGAGGAACAAACAGGUAGCCAUGGGCAGGAAAAAAUUCAAUAUGGACCCCAAAAAGGGGAUCCAGUUCUUAAUAGAGAAUGACCUGUUGAAGAACACUUGUGAAGAUAUUGCACAGUUCCUUUACAAAGGUGAAGGGCUCAACAAAACUGCUAUUGGAGACUACCUGGGUGAAAGAGAUGAAUUUAACAUCCAAGUCCUUCAUGCUUUUGUGGAGUUACAUGAAUUCACAGAUCUUAAUCUUGUCCAGGCAUUACGGCAGUUUCUGUGGAGCUUUCGUCUUCCAGGAGAGGCACAGAAGAUUGAUCGAAUGAUGGAAGCAUUUGCACAGCGAUAUUGUCAAUGCAAUAAUGGAGUCUUUCAGUCUACAGAUACUUGCUACGUUCUCUCCUUUGCCAUCAUUAUGUUGAAUACCAGUCUCCAUAACCCCAAUGUCAAAGAUAAGCCCACAGUAGAGAGGUUCAUUGGCAUGAAUCGAGGUAUUAAUGAUGGAGGCGAUCUGCCAGAAGAACUGCUCAGGAAUCUCUACGAGAGCAUAAAAAAUGAACCCUUUAAAAUCCCUGAAGAUGAUGGAAAUGACCUCACUCAUACUUUCUUCAAUCCAGAUCGUGAAGGCUGGCUACUGAAACUUGGAGGUGGCAGGGUAAAGACGUGGAAGAGACGCUGGUUCAUUCUGACCGACAACUGCCUUUACUACUUUGAAUAUACAACGGAUAAGGAGCCCCGUGGGAUUAUUCCUUUAGAGAACCUAAGUAUCCGGGAGGUAGAGGACUCCAAAAAGCCAAACUGCUUUGAGCUUUACAUCCCUGACAAUAAGGAUCAAGUAAUCAAAGCUUGUAAGACUGAGGCUGACGGUCGAGUAGUGGAGGGAAACCACACAGUCUAUCGGAUUUCAGCUCCAACUCCUGAGGAAAAGGAGGAGUGGAUCAAAUGCAUCAAAGCAGCCAUCAGCAGGGAUCCUUUCUACGAGAUGUUAGCAACAAGGAAGAAGAAAGUUUCCUCUACCAAGAGACAUUAAGAGCCUGUGCCAGCUAAUCGGGAUCAGAAUCUUACAGUGUGAAGAAUUCUUGAUUUUCUCCCUCUGCCAUUCUACACAUGGGGAGAGAGAGGGCUGCGAAGCAGGAGCAUCUUCUGCCACUUAGCAUUGCCCUGAGUUCCUAAGGACCAGCUUCAGCUUUUGCAAUUUUUUUUAAGCAAGUGGGGGGAGGGAUUGGGGUGGGCAGUUAUCAGUUGAGGAGAAGAGGGAAGCUGAGCCCUUUUAAGGCAUGGAUUCAUAAUUUUUUUCUUUGAAAAAGAACAGAGCAAAUCAGCUUCCCUGCAAGUCUCUCCACUCAGCAGGUCUGAUAGCAGAGCUUGGAGUCAACCAUUUACCUCUUGGUUAUUUUUCCUGUGAAGAAGCCUUCAAUUCCUGCACCAUAGGUACAUUUAUAAAUAUAUUGUAUGUUAAAGUGAAAGGUGAGAUGGAAGAGAUAAACCACACACCAUAAAGAUAUAUUUUUGGCUUUAAAGAAGUUUGCCCAGAUGCAUUAUUCUCUGUCCAGUCUUGAAGACUCCCAGAUAAAUUUUGUUCCUCCCUGGGGGAAGGAGCAGCAUAGGCAACACAGGUCUCUACCACCACGCAUUGAGAAGGGAUGAGGAUAAUGCCAUUACUACCUCUCCAAUCUACUUUGCAUUGUCCUGGCUUAGUGAGCUGGAGAAUGUCUUCUAUUGUUUGAGUAAGCCAUUGGGUUUGGGAGAAAGGUGGGGUAAGGGUUGGUGUGGAGAGUGGGAAAGGAAGCAGUGAAGCUUAAUGGGGGCCUCAGAUCUUAUUUUACCCACCUACAAGGGACUCGAAUACAGCCACUGGUAUGCUUUGUGGGCCCUGUGGUUGGUGUGGCCACUCAUGCCAUGGGCUGUAAAGCAAAACAGAGUUCUGUUGGUGGUGGUAUAUUCUCAUUCUCACUGCACAUGGGACACUGAAAAGAAGAAAGUGGUUGGAGCUUUUGAGAAUAUUUUUUUUCCUUCUUCAAAAUUAAUGCUCCUCCUGAGCUUAAAAGGAAAAAAAAAUCAGCAUUUUUCAUUGAACAAAACACCAAAUAACCAAAAUGAUGUGGAGGGCAGCCCCCAUGAGCUGUCCCAUUUUUCUUUUUCUUUCCUUGUUUUCAGCUACUUUCCCCAAAAGCUCUAGUCCUCGUUCUAGAGGAAGGACCAAGUCCUGCUUAGUCUCCUUGAGGCUUUGUUUUUUCCUCCCUCAAAUAGAUAGUCCUUAGGUACUUCCCUAAAUGCAUCUUCACACUAGGAUCUCAUUUGCUUGAUCCUACCAAAGGAUUAAACUGAAACUCUUCCUGCUUUAUAAUUCUUUGGGUGGCUUCUUGAAGUGAGUAGAUGACAGUCUCAGCCCAUAAAAUGCCACUCCCAGGGACUAUCAGUAGUAGCAGUUCCUUAUUUCCAUAGAAUCUAACCUGGCAAUCUGAAAAACCCUUAGGAUAAUUUAUCAGUGCAUUUCUUCCCAUACCUUCUAGGACGCACCGUAUAAGGAAGUAGCUCUGUAGGCCAUUCAGAUUCCCAACAGGUGAUAGAGCCCUCAGAGCUCUUCAUCUCUGAAAAUCAUCCUGAAAAGGUGUUGGGGAAGAGAGCAUGGGGAUCAUCAGUAGUGUCCCACCUACCAAUGGUAAUGAAUUGCCGAAUUCUCCCUGAAAUCUAAUAGGUGGUUUCAUGGAGUGACAUCAAGUGCUUUUGUGUCUGGACCCUGUUUGGAAGGUAUCUGAAAAGAGCACAGACCAGAACCUUCCAUUUAAGAGCAUAACAGUCAGUGUGCAGAAAGCAAGAUUCUGGGAGGUUUGAGCUCUGUUGUUGAUACCAGAGUUACCCCAUGUAGGUUCAGUCCUUUGACCAUGUUUCAGUUCCUCCCCUUGUGAGUCGAUUCAGUGCACUGGUUCUAGCAAGUAAGCUGGGGGGUGGGGAGGGUGAGGAAAGGGAGGCAAAUGGAUCAGUAUUAGUCUAUUUAUCAGAGAUGUAAAUAAUCUAUGUAUAGUUUUUCUCCUUUAGAUUAUUUUGUAUUUGGAAAAGAGGUUUUUUUUGUUUUUUGUUUUUUGUUUUGUGGGGGAGAUCUAAAGAGAUGAGCAAUCACUGCUGACAGGAUUUAUUUUAAUUAUUCUGAUUUUGUUUUUGUUUUGUUUUGUUUUGUUUUGCCAUGUAAACUAGAGCCAAGAAACUGCAGCAAAUAAACUCCAAACCUUCCCUGA